AUGGUUAUGAUCAUGAUGCAGCAGCAGACCUCUGCACCACCCGCGUCUCACUCAAUUACUCCCCCCUCCUCCACCACCACCGCCAUUAGAUCACCUACGGCAACCCCCACACACUCGCAGCAGCCAUCGCCUCUCUCUCGCCAUGCUCUGCCUCUGCCCGCGCCACCUGUCGAUCACGUGCUGCCUAUCGCCGCUGCGCACCCUUCCAGUGAGCCUGCGUCCACAAUUCCGUGCCCACUUGCGAGGGUCCGGCUCUCCGAUAUUGCCCCGUAUGACGGGGCACCGAGCGGGCCGUAUUUGAGGGCGGUGGAGGCGCUUUCGGGGUCUCUGAUGAGGCACAAUGCGGCCGUCAUCGAAUUGGGUAGCGAGGACGCGGCUCUCUUGCGCUGCGGCUUGGAAGCUUCCAGGUUGUAUUUUAGGAGUAGAGCUCAGCUCGGUGCUGGGAAAGGAAGCCGUGGAGUUUACAUGUACAGAGCUGGCAGGGCUUUGGAAGAUUGGGACUCAUCCCCACCAUGCAUGGCUGAUAUUUUUAGGUGCAUGGGCAAGGCGGCCCAUGUUGCGUUGUGUGCAAUAGCUAGGCAUCUUCGUUUGCGAAGCGAUGUUUUUAACCAGUUACUUGAUGAUACUCCCCUUCCUGCUAAUGAGGUGUCUUCAUCAGUGCUUGUUGCAACCUACUCAAAUGCUUCCAUGCAAAAUGGAAAAGGUGCUAUUGGGGGAGGGAAGCCAGGAAUGAAUGGUGAAGUUGAGAAGGGGUUGUUGACAUUGAUUUCCUCAGACAGUCCUGGUAUACAGGUAUGUGACCCCAAUGGUCGUUGGUACCUAGCAGAGGUUGGGUUAGCUCCUGGGGAUGUUUUGCUACUUACAGGUAAGGCACUCAGCCAUGCUACAGCUGGCCUUCGCCCUGCUGCAUCGUAUAAAGCUGCUUCUGAUUACUCCUCAGGCAUUAAUAAUGGCGGGAGGACAUCACUUGCAUUUAGGCUCAUGCCACAAGGUAACGCUAUAUUAGAUUGCUCUCCAAUUGCAGCGGCUGGUCAUGUCAUUCCCCAGAGCUAUGUCCCAAUAUCUGUAAGCCAGUUUAUGGAUGAUCUUUCUGCUGAGGAAGAUGUAUUGGGCAGUCGUUCUGAUAGUACUUAUGUAGCUCGAAAUAAUUCAAACAAAGAACCAUCUUUAAGAAGUGUUCUCUCAGAUCCCUUAUCUGGUGCAUUCCUUGAAGAUGCUGUGGUAGUUUCCUGUGGGCAUUCAUUUGGCGGUCUCAUGUUAAGAAGAGUCAUUGACACAUCAAGAUGUACCCUCUGCAGUGCAGACAUUGAGAUCGGGUCUCUGGUUCCUAAUCUUGCUCUGAGAGCUGCAGCUGCAGCAGUGAAGCAUGAGGAUGAUCGAAGGCUAUUUCAUAAUGCGACUAUCCGAAAGCGUCGGAAAGAAUUGGGUGACCAAAUGGAUUUAUCAAGAAGACCAAACAGGGAAAAUGGAGAUGUUGGUGAUGAUGGGCUUCGUGGGGUGCAGUAUCCAUUUUCUGUGAAUGAAAAAGUGGUAAUCAAGGGGAACAGGAGGACUCCAGAAAAAUUUGUUGGGAAGGAGGCGGUCAUUACAUCGCAGUGUCUCAAUGGCUGGUACUUGCUCAAGAUUAUUGAAACUGGAGAGAAUGUUCGCCUGCAAUACCGUUCCUUAAGGAAGAUGUAG